AUGUCUGGAAGCGGCACAAAGACUCUUGACCUCAAGGACAACUACGUCCAGAUCAUCAAUGGCAAAAGCGCCCCUACUCAAAAGACCCACCAGGGUAUAAACCCGGCUACCCUCGAAAAGAAGCCCGAAGUUCCUGUCGCCUCCCAAGAUGACUUGAAUAACGCCGUUGACGCUGCGAAAAAGGCCUUCAAAUCUUGGUCCAAGGUCCCUUGGGAGGAGCGACGACAAAAGCUCUUUGCUUUGGCUGAUGCUGUUGAGGCACAGAAGAAAGAAUUCGCUCAGCUUCUCACCUCAGAGCAAGGCAAGCCUGUCGCGCAAGCUAACGGUGAGGCUGAUGCCGCUGUUGCUUGGAUCAAGGGUCAAGCGAGCCUUGACCUUACCGAAGAAGUCGUUGAGGACAGCGAUACUCGAAAGGUCGUCACAAGAUACACACCCCUUGGCAUUGUCGCUGCCAUCGUUCCCUGGAACUUCCCUCUUAUGCUUGCUGCUUCCAAAAUCGCCCCCGCUCUGUUGACAGGAAACGUCAUCAUUGUGAAACCCUCCCCAUUCACCCCAUACUGUGGGCUAAAGCUCGUUGAACUUGCGCAGCAAUUCUUCCCUCCUGGUGUUGUGCAGUCACUCAGCGGAGACGACAACCUUGGACCCUGGAUCACUAGUCAUCCCGGUAUUGACAAGAUUAGCUUUACUGGUUCUACACAUACUGGAAAGCUGGUCAUGCAGAGUGCUGCCAAGACACUGAAGCGUGUGACUCUCGAGCUCGGCGGAAACGACGCUGCAGUUGUCUUUCCAGAUGUUGACAUCGAUGCAGUAGCCGAAAAGGUCUCAACCUUGGCAUUCAUGAACUCUGGUCAAAUCUGCCUCAACGUCAAACGCAUCUACGUUCAUGAAUCAAUCUACGAGAAAUUCCGCGACGCCGUUGUCAAGCAUGUCAAGAACUACAAGCUUGGCGAUGGAUCAGAAGAAGUAACCAGUCACGGUCCCGUUCAAAAUGAGAUGCAGUACAACAGAGUCAAGACAUUCUUCGAGGAUAUCGAGAAGCAAGGAUGGAAAGUCGCUACGGGAGGAAAGUUCGAUCCCGAGCCUAAGAAUGGGUACUACAUCACGCCAACUGUGAUUGAUAACCCACCUGAGGAUUCAAGAAUCGUUGUCGAGGAACCGUUCGGCCCCAUUCUACCUCUUUUGUCAUGGAAGGAUGAAGAGGAGGUUAUCGAGCGCGCCAACGAUACACGGCUUGGCCUGGGUGCUUCGGUCUGGUCCGCCGAUCUAGAAACAGCGGAGAGAGUCGCGAAGCAGCUCGAUGCGGGAACUGUUUGGGUCAACACUCAUUUUGAUAUCACACCUAUGGCACCGUUCGGUGGACACAAAGAGUCCGGUAUUGGAGCUGAAUGGGGAAUAAACGGCCUAAAGGGUAUGUGUAAUGUGCAGAGCUUGUUCUUGAGCAAGGUCGCUACUUAA